AUGAAUCGGAAGCUGUCGAUGGUGAAGGCAUGGGAGGAGAACCAGAAGAGCAAGGUCGACAACAGGGCUGAACACAAGAUGUCGUCCAUCCUAUCAUGGGAGAACACCAAUAAGGCGGCGGUCCAAGCCAAGCUCCGAACACGGGAGGAGAAGCUGGAGAAGAAAAAGGCAGAGUGCGUGGAGAAGAUGCGGAACCGGGCCGCGAUGAUCCACAAGGAGGCUGAGGAGAAGCGGCAGGAGGAGAUGAUCAAGUGCCAGGAGAUGGCCGCCAAGCACCGGUCACAAGGGACCACACCCAAGAAGAAAUUCCUCACCUGUUUCGGAUGA